CCACCAGCUUCAGAGCAAACGUGGACGCGAAUUCCUCGAGGCCAGUGCGAACAAGACGGUUGUUCCGUAUAGUGAGCCUACUUCAGCGGAAUUUGAUUGAGCCGGGAUGGACUCUAAACACGACGACUACUGCCUGCCAGCCAAAGGCGAAGCUGAAGGCAUUCGCGUCGAUGUCCCACCGCUGGCAGGCGCGCAGGUUGCCAUUGUCGAGUGUCCAGAGACGGGAUCAUUAACUGCACAGAAAGACUUGCGACUUCAGGACUGCGGAUUCUCUGGAACACCACUAGGCGUUUCUGCAUUGGCAAAGGACGUACCAUCACCGAGAGGACGGCAGACUGAAACCGUAGAUGCGUCAAAACCAAUGCCGAACUGCCAUUCUCUAGUCGAACCGGUAGCUCGUCAUUCGGUGCCGCCAACCGUCGGUUACAAAUCCCUGUCUCGCCAGGUUUCACCAGCAAGGCGAGACCAACCGAAAACAGUAUCGAUGUCGAAGCCUUCCAACUCAACUUUGCGACCGCGUUCUCGAAGCCUUCCGCGAGUUCCCUCGAUGUCGGAGUGCCAGGAUACGCCGCUACUUGUUACGGAAUUCUCGGAUCCCUUCGGCGACGUCGCGUGGCCCGCGAGUCCCCAGAGCGACGCGAGGCAGUCGCAGCUCGCCGAAGUGACUCCAUCACCGGCGAUAAGGAACACGCAGUGCGGAAGCACAGAAACGUUCUCCGCAGCGGCCGAGCUGAGAAAUGAGUCCCAGUCCGUGAUUCAGCAGUUAGACGAACUGGCGGUGCCGGUUCUGGAAUCACGUGGUACGCUCGUUCCGAGGUCACUGGGGCCGCGACGCGAGACCCCCAGGCCUCCGUUCGACGAGACACCGGAGGCCACCGCAGACGCGUCGUCGGCCGAGAGGUCCGACUCGGUUCUCACCGCCGGAUCGGUCGCCGCCGACCGGGCUCCCGGACAGGACGACGCCCGCCACACGUCCUUGCUGGCCGAGGCCUACGCCGAAGACCCGUACGCCGCCGCUCGCGUCCCGUGGGCCACUCUCGCCGUGAUCUGGAUGCAGGUGCUGGCCCACUGGAACUUCCUGCACCGGCACCAUCCCGAACGGUGCGCCAGCGUCAACACCAUCCUGCUCGCGGGACAGUGGGGGCGCGUGGCCUACGCGGCCUUCCACCACGCCGACGUCGAUCAGCUCUCGUUCGGCGCGCUGUUCUUCUUCUUCAAGGGUCUCCUACUCGAGGCCGCUCUGGGUCCGGCGCACUUCGUCGCACUCCUGGCCGUUGUCGUGGUCCUCGUGGGACUCGUCAACACGUCCUAUCUCUUUGUCGUCUGCCAUCUGACCGACGAGCCUUCGGUUUGCGCGACGUGCAUGCACACGUUCGCCGGCGUCGUGGUGGCACUGGACAUGGUCAUUCGGAGCUACCUCGACGACUCGACGGUCUACUACGGAGACCGCCAGUUCGGAAUGAGGCCGUUCCUGUACUCUCUGUUCGAACUCGUGCUGCUGUCCUUCUGUUCGGAGAAGAACUCGAUCCCGAUAAUGAGCGGAUAUUUGGUGGGCAUCUUCUUAUGUGACACAAGGCUGGGAGGCCUCAUAGUCAGGAUUCCGAACCCUCGGAGGCAGAUAUACCUCUGCGUCGUUCCCAACGCACCAGUCACGUAUCUAUUCGUCGUGGCGCUCGUCUUCGCCUUCUUGUGCGGGCCCUACCCGGACACUUGGGCCGCGGCCGAGUCGACAUUGACUUUUCGCUACCCCGUCUGGAAACCGCCCCUUCUGUCGGCGCUGUACCUUGAAAACGUCUACCAGGUGACCUACGUCGGCCUGUCUCUUUUGGCGGUGGGCACAGACCUCGAACGUGACCUUGGCCACUUCAGUUUUCUCUGCCUGGCUUCCGGGUUGCUGUCCGCCGGGCACCACCUCCCGCGCGGCCUGUCCUGGAUCGCGUGCAAGUACGCGGUCGCCUCCGGAGAAGGCGUCGUCCCAGCCCCGGCGCCGUACCUGUCCGUCCCAUCGUCCGGCUGCACUCUGAUCGGCACCUUGCUGGCCCUGAAGACCGUCCACUACAGGAAGCACCGCGACGGCCGCGGCUACCAGAUGGCGUCGUUCGACAUCCCGGUGCCCUUCUGGACGGGCGCCCUGCUGGAGCUGGCGCACUUGCGUUUGUUCAUCGCGGGCAGUUCCACCGCCGCCCACGUCUCGGGAAUUCUCGCGGGCCUCGCCGUGGCUCACUGCGGCGACGGCUGCGGCCUCUUGAGCCGCGUCUGGAACGCGAGUCGGCGCCCUUCGACCCGCAGCGUCGUUUCGGACGAGGAAGACCGUCCGACGUCGCCGUUUGGCCUGUGGUGUCAACUCUGCGACGCCCGCACCGCUUCGCCGACCGCUUACUGGGUGCCCGAGACGGAUUCGUACCGAGAUACCGAAGUCCUCGCGGAAGACGAUACUGCCCUCGAAGACGAAAUGUAGCUCUGUACGUCGACGCCACGGUGCAACAGUCGUUCACGUUUCAUCCAUGCGUUAGGCCCUGCAAGGUUGUCAGCGGUGUAAACAGCGUAGGAACACCUUGGCGCAUGCGCGUCUCAUGCGCCAUUUCUCGUGCACCGCAGUGGUAUUGAACGCGUGCUACCAAACUAUAACAGGUUGCAGUGUGUUUCUCUCCGACAGUGUCUUUUUUUCUUUUUACAGAAAUCAUAUUUUGAUUUCAUUCAACUA